UUUUUUUUAGCUUACACUGUCUCCGCUUCAUUGUCACGGCGUCGUGUUCGCGAAAGCUCUGUUACUGCUUCUGCGAUUUCUCUUGAUCGUUGAUGGUGAGUGAGGGGUAACAGAGAGAGCGAGCGAGAGAGAGACAGAGACAGAGUGAGAGAGAGAGAGAGAGAGGCCGUGUUGCGAGCGUUUGUGGGUUUGGGUGGAGAUGAGUUCCAGGGAGAAGGUUCGUGCGUCACAUUUGCUGGUCAAGCACCAGGGCUCCCGUCGUCCGGCGUCAUGGAAAGAUCCCGAGGGCAAGAUCAUUCAAAAAACCACCCGCGACGAUGCUGUUGCUCAGCUCCAGCAGUUCAAGAGCGACAUUGAGAGCGGCAAAAGCACCCUAGCUGACUUGGCCAGUAAGAACUCCGAUUGCUCCUCCGCUAAGCGAGGCGGCGAUUUGGGCUGGUUCGGCCGUGGUCAGAUGCAGGAGCCAUUUGAGAAAGCUGCCUUUGCACUCAAAGUCGGGGAACUCAGCGACAUCAUUGACACCGAAAGCGGUUCUCAUAUCAUUCUGCGCACCGGUUGAAAACUCUAGUAGAGUUCUAAUACUUGUGUGAAGUGGUUGGAGGUGACUUUGGAUGGUUUAAGGCACGGCAGCGAAUGGGUGACCUGUUACCGCUCUGAGGGUAGAGCUGAACUCGCUGUAGCUUGUUCUUCCAUGUGCUGUGUGUUAUUGGAAAAUAUGUGAUUAAUAUUUAGAAACUUGGUAUCCGCACAACCUGAAGUGGAUUAUUUGCAAUCGUUAAAGACUGCCAAAUACUUGAAUUUUAUAUUGUAGGUCUGCUUUGCAGUCUUUGGGGGCAACGCUGGCUCUUUCGGGCAAUCUUUCCUCUUCUAUGGAAGAUGUUUGGUGAGCCGUUUUCUCAAUGAAAAGUCCUGGGCUGCGUAUUCUGUGUGA